CGGUAGAGGCGGCCGGGUCUCUUUAAGGCCCUGCCGCGCCUGCGCCUUGGGUUUUCCUGACGCGGCCAGGCCGGACCCUGGAGAACCCGGCAGGCGGACGGGCGAAGGGCCGGACAGUGGUUGAGCCAGCGGCGGCAUUCUGAGGGGUGGUGGGGGUCGGCGGAGGCCCCGAGUUCGUGAGUUAGUGCAGCACGCGUGAGACGGCGGCCCACGGAUCCAGGAGCCGGGCCGAGGCGCUGGGACGCGCGACGGUGGCGCGGCUGCCGGCUGGAUGGGAAGUUAAUGUUUACAGCGGAGUUCACCCAACGUCUCCAAGGUGGCGUCAGACAAGGUUGCAGAAAAGCUGAGUUCUACUCUCACAUGGGUGAAGAACACAGUAUCGCACACAGUCAGUCAGAUGGCCAGUCAGGUGGCAAGUCCAUCUGCUUCAUUACACACUACAUCCUCAUCUACCACACUGUCAACGCCAGCCCUCUCCCCUUCUUCUCCAUCACAGUUGAGUCCAGACGACUUAGAACUCCUGGCUAAACUGGAGGAACAAAAUAGAUUGUUAGAGACGGAUAGCAAGUCUUUAAGAUCUGUAAAUGGGUCAAGAAGAAACAGUGGCUCCUCUCUUGUAUCAAGUUCAUCAGCCUCUAGCAACCUCAGCCACCUCGAAGAAGAUUCUUGGAUUCUUUGGGGAAGAAUUGUUAAUGAAUGGGAAGAUGUGCGCAAAAAGAAGGAAAAGCAAGUUAAGGAACUUGUCCGUAAAGGGAUACCCCACCACUUUAGAGCAAUAGUCUGGCAGCUUUUAUGCAGUGCACAGAGUAUGCCAAUUAAGGAUCAGUAUUCAGAACUCUUGAAAAUGACCUCACCUUGUGAAAAAUUGAUCCGAAGGGACAUUGCUAGAACUUAUCCUGAACAUAACUUUUUUAAGGAAAAAGACAGCCUUGGACAGGAGGUUUUAUUUAAUGUAAUGAAGGCAUAUUCUUUAGUGGAUCGUGAGGUUGGUUACUGUCAGGGAAGUGCUUUUAUAGUUGGAUUGUUGCUUAUGCAGAUGCCAGAAGAAGAAGCUUUCUGUGUAUUUGUUAAAUUAAUGCAAGAUUAUAGACUCCGUGAACUUUUUAAACCAAGUAUGGCAGAAUUGGGCCUUUGUAUGUACCAGUUUGAAUGCAUGAUACAGGAGCAUCUUCCAGAACUCUUUGUACACUUUCAGUCUCAGAGUUUUCAUACCUCAAUGUACGCAUCAUCCUGGUUUCUGACUAUCUUUCUUACAACUUUUCCGCUACCAAUUGCAACAAGGAUAUUUGAUAUCUUUAUGUCUGAGGGUUUAGAAAUAGUGUUUCGAGUAGGAUUAGCACUUCUUCAAAUGAAUCAGGCAGAGCUAAUGCAACUUGACAUGGAAGGGAUGUUGCAGCACUUUCAGAAGGUCAUUCCACAUCAGUUUGAUGGUGGUACAGACAAAUUAAUCCAGGCAGCUUAUCAAGUCAAAUACAACUCAAAAAAAAUGAAAAAGCUUGAAAAGGAAUACACUACAAUAAAAACUAAAGAAAUGGAAGAGCAAGUUGAAAUUAAAAGGUUACGUACAGAAAAUAGACUUUUGAAACAGCGUAUUGAAACAUUAGAAAAAGAAAGUGCUUCCUUGGCAGAUAGAUUGAUACAGGGACAAGUGACAAGAGCCCAGGAGGCUGAGGAAAACUACCUCAUAAAACGGGAGUUGGCCACCAUCAAACAGCAGAGUGAUGAGGCCAGUGCUAAGCUGGAGCAAGCUGAAAGUACCAUCAGGAAGCUCCAGCACCAACAACAAUGGCAUAAAUGCAGUUCCAACUACAAUGAAGAUUUUGUGCUACAGCUAGAGAAGGAAUUGGUCCAAGCCCGACUGAGUGAAGCUGAGUCUCAGUGUGCCCUUAAGGAGAUGCAAGAUAAAGUCUUGGAUAUAGAGAAGAGGAACAACUCCCUGCCUGAUGAGAAUAACAUUGCCAGGCUUCAGGAGGAACUCAUUGCUGUGAAGCUGAGGGAAGCAGAAGCUAUUAUGGGUUUGAAAGAACUUAGAGAGCAAGUCAAGGAUUUAGAGGAACACUGGCAGCGCCACUUAGCUCGUACUACUGGAAGAUGGAAAGACCCUCCUAAGAAAAACGCUGUGAAUGAGUUACAAGAUGAACUGAUGACCAUUCGACUUAGAGAAGCUGAAACACAGGCAGAAAUAAGAGAAAUGAAACAAAGGAUGAUGGAAAUGGAAACACAGAACCAGAUUAACAGUAACCAUCUUCGAAGAGCAGAACAAGAGGUGAUCAAUCUGCAGGAGAAGGUGCAGUAUCUUUCUACACAGAACAAAGGACUACUUACUCAGUUAAGUGAAGCAAAGCGCAAACAAGCAGAGAUUGAGUGCAAGAGCAAGGAAGAGGUGAUGGCCGUGAGACUCCGGGAAGCAGACAGCAUAGCUGCUGUGGCCGAACUACAGCAACACAUUGCAGAGCUUGAAAUCCAGAAAGAAGAAGGAAAGCUUCAAGGACAGCUUAACAAGUCUGAUUCUAACCAGUAUAUUAGGGAACUGAAAGAUCAGAUAGCAGAGCUGAAUCAUGAGCUCAGGUGCCUAAAAGGCCAGAGGGGCUUCUCGGGCCAACCUCCUUUUGAUGGAAUCCACAUUGUCAACCAUUUAAUUGGAGAUGACGAAUCCUUCCAUUCUUCCGAUGAAGACUUCAUAGAUAAUUCCUUACGAGAAGGUGGCGUUGACUUUCCUUUGCACAGAAAAUCCAGCCCGAUGUCUUUGGGCCAUACUGUGGCAGAUGGUAGUGAGAGUGAAACAGAAGACAGUGUGUUGGAGACCAGAGAGAGUGAUCGAGUGGCUCAGAAGAAGCAGCCUCCAAGGAAAGAGUCAUACUCGACCACUGUCUGACCAUCACUGUGACCUAGACUGUAGAUUUCUUUAAGGGAUCGGUUAUUAUACAAUUAGGGGUUUUUGGAACAUAUCUGUUUCAUAUGUACAUAUAUAUAUUUUUACAGUCUUAUCUGCCUUUUUACCUUUGCCAAAUCUUCACCUUUGACCUACCAUUGCCAUAAAGUAGACUGGAAUGUGGUUAAUGGGUAACAUAAGGUUCUAACAGUAUUACUGAAUAUUAAUGUUUUUGUUUAGAAAAUGCAACAAUAUCCAUAUGUACCAUUUUAAAAUUCAGAAGUAUGGAAAAUUGAAUUGUCUUCAAACAAAACUGCUCUUGUGCAAUAUUUUAUGCUCAGUGAACAAAUUGUAUAUUUAUGCUUAUCAAUUUGUUUUCAGGAUGGAUGUCUACAAACAUUUGACCAAGACAUACAUCUGAUUUACCUUGUGUCUUGUGUUUUGUGGAUUUUUUUUUUUUAUCAUUAAUAUUACUGUUCUGUCAGUGGGCCACUAAAAAGCUCCCAAAUAUACUACCUUUUUCUAUAUAAUUUUAUAAACACAAAUUAAUGGUUAUCUAUCUUGACAGUUUUAAUUUCUAAUUUUUAUGUGCAUAUGAUGCUUCCAUGUGUUGCUUACUGGUAAGAGUAGUUGGGUAAGAUAACUACGAAUAUAUUGUUUAUUUGUACAUAUUUGUAAACCUGUACCACCCGACAUUGAUCAUCAUUUUAUAUGGGGAACAUAUGUGUUGUAAAGUGACUGCUUCCAGCAUUCUAACAGGACUUCUGUAAAUAAUAGGCUAAAAGAAAACCAAACACUAAUAUUUUAAUAGCUUUAGUAUUUUGCUUAGCACUCAACACUAGCAGCUUCAUAACUUAACUGAUGCUUGUUCAGAAACAUUAUUGAUGAAAUCUCUUUUACAUCUGGUAUAUGUAACGGAUAAAUUUUUCAUGAUUAAAGAAGUUAUAGCACCUAUUACUUAGUACUAAUAUUCUACUUCAUGUAAUUUAAGCAGUGGACUGAUGUCCAAGAUGCACAACAAUUAUAUUUGCAAAUAACUUAGGUACAUUAUCUUCAGAUCCUCUAGUUUCUAACCUAUAGAUAAAGCCAUAAAGAUCCUUUCAUACAAAUUCUUCCUUUUUUAUCAUUUAAACUUUUUCCCUAGAAAACUAAAUGCCUGUCAUGGAUAAAUUGGAGGAAACACUUUGUAGAGAUUACACUUUACACAAAACAUAUUGCGCUUACACUGUGGAAAGACAACAGGAAUGUUUUCCACUCUCAUUUUUGUUCUCAGCCUAUGAAAAGAGAAACAGCCUUGGAAGAUAAGAGGAAAGAAGAAUUCAGUAUGUAUGGAGCUUCAGUUUUGCACAGUAUGUUGCGUGCAGAAAAAAAAAAAAUUUUAUAUGAUGAAAUGGAGUAGAAGAGGCAAAAACAGUUUUUUGUCUAAAACCAGGAGUUAAACCUUAUGGUACAUGUGUGGACCAGUCUUUUCCAGCAAACCCUUUGUAGCUAUUUGCUUGACUACUGUGUCCGCAGCACUAAGUUCUAGUGGUUAAGGAAUUCCCCCAGGUCACAAGCUAGUAAGAGCAGAGCCAGAUUUUAAUCCAGACCUCUCCGACAUCAAAGCCUUUGAGAAGGUUCAGCUAAUGAAUUUCUCAAUUCCCCACUCUUCUGACAAUUAAAGAUUUAAAUAAAUUUGAUUUAAAUGUGUUUCCUGGAUGUAUGUGUAUGUAUAUGUAUUUGUUUUUAUAUACACAUACAUACACACACAUAAUUUAAAUGUAGAUACUACUCUCAGAAUAGUCUGGUGCUUUUGGGUUUCUCUUUGGGGGUUCUGUACUGUCAGCCUAGAAGGCUGACAAUGCCCAAGUAAAGUGAGAUGAUUCAGGGCCACAUUAUUACUUUGACCCCCCAUCAAGAAAUUUGAAUGAUUUAGACCAGGAGACAGCCAACUACGGCCUGUGGGCCAAAUCCAGCCUGCUGCCUGUUUUUAUAUGACUCACAAGCUAAGAAUGGUUUUACAUUUUUAAAUACUUCGGAAGAAAAUCAAAACAAUACUUUGUGACACAUGAAAAUGACAUGAAAUUCAAAUGUCAGUGUCCAUAAAUGAAGUUUUAUUGGAGCACAGCCAGGCUCAUUCAUUGACGCAUUAUCUGUGACUGCUUUUGCACUGUGAUGGCAAAGUUGAGUAGUUGCCGCAGAGACUGUAUGGCCCAUAAAGCCUAAAAUGUUUACUAUCUGGCUUUUUACAGAAAAAGUUUUUUUGACCCUUAAUACAGACACUCUUAAAUGUAGGUUUACUUCUUCAGCUUGGCACAACAGAAGAACAAACCAUUUGCUCUUGCCGUUGAGCUACAGAACUGGAAACCCCAAAUUUCCUAGUGGAUCUUAUACUCAGAGCUAUUGAAAAUGGAAAAUGUGCCAGCCACUUUAUGCGAUGAAGUCUUUGAUUCCAUAGAAAAAAUUGGUAGGACAUCUGUACCUUUAAAGAAAGAGAAAGAUGGGAAAGAAUUCCAGAGUCCUACCACCGUCCUUUAGAGCAUACGUUAUUGACCUUUAGGGUAUGCUUCAUUGAAUAAAUGUUACAAGCUGACUUUAAAAUGAGAACAUCCUUCUAAAAUCAUGUUUGAGUCCUGAACAUUGAAAGCUAUUCCUAGGUAAUUUUCUAAGUACUAGUUCUGAUUAGGAAUUAGAUGUUAAAAGAAUCAUGUUAAGUAAACUUUAAUCCAUUGAUACCCCAUAAUUUAGACACUGAAAAACUAGAAACAACAAACUUCUCAUUCAAGACCUUUUCAAACACUCCUUCCAAGGGUUUAAAUCUCCCUGGCCUUGAGGAUGCAAUAGAAAACUUUGCCCUGAUUUUAUUCCAUUUCAUUCAAAUUAAUGUAAGUAUGCAGUUCAAGACUUUGAGGUUUUGGACAAUGUUGUCUUGAUUUUAUUUAAUCUCUGGUAUUUUGUGUCACUUAAAUGUUAUUCAUUUAAACAUUCAGAGUUGAGGAAUAUUCAAGGGGAAAGGUGAAUUAAAUGACUCACAAUAAAAACUUUGCUCUUUUGGGAUGGUUACCUUCCUGGUAUCAUUCCCAUCCUGAGUUGAAAUGCUGAAAGAAGAGGCUACAAGUGAUCUGAAUAAAACGGAAAUUACAUUGAAGUAAUGCAACAGAACUUUUAGAUCAAGAAAACACUGUAAGACAGCCUUUUAAAAAAUUAGUGGUAAAUUUUUUUUCCUUCCUAGAAAAAAGAAGUCAAAGAUCUAAUGUUUACUGACUAAUCAAGGUCAAACUGACUGGUGAGUUUAAACAUCUUACCGAGCGCCUCGCCUUUGGGGGCAGUGCAGAGGGCAGGGAAGGACAUACAGCUUUUCCUUAGCUCUGAACAUGACAUGCAGCUUGUUACUCUCCAGAUAGUGCCUUUGAUUGAAAAUAGGUCUAGACCUUUUUCAAGUAUUUUAUUUUUAACAUUUUAAGAAAUAAUUUGAUAACCCAUUCUCCUUUGUCUUUUACAGAGUCCGCUAUAAUUUAAAGAUUUAAAGUAAAAUAAGCCUUUCCGUGGUCAGCUGGAUUUUUGUGUAGUACCAGACAUUGACAGCUAAAAUUUCAUGAAAUCAAUGAGUUAUUUCCUUUAUUAAAAUAAUUAGUUUUAGCUUGAAAGUUACUGCUGCUCUGUCAUUAACAAAACAGUAAGUCUUUUUAAUUAAGGUGAACUUUCAGUUCUGCAGAAAUUAAAAUUUGUGGUUGAAAUGGAGUGGAUGCUAUUUACAGUCCAAGUUUUUGCAUCACUUCCAUUAAUAUAUCCCUUCUUUUCACUCAAAAGAAGAUAGAAUAAUACAUUAGAUUUACUAUAAAGAUGCAAAGUUAUAAUGUAUUUCAUUUUACUGUUGGAAUUUUUAUUGUAACAUUGUAUGAUAACUUGAAAUGUUUACUUGUGCCUUUGCUUUAAAUAAUUAAAGUUUCCCAUUUUAUAAAUAAUUUCUGUUUCCUUAAACUAUUCAACUUUAAAAAGCAGAGGGACAUCAAAACGUGAUUAAAGAGUGCUUGGUCUGACAUCAGAAUUUCACUAGUGGGGUUUCAUACUCCAUGGGUGCAGGGAUCAUAUCUACCUGGUCCACCCAUGUAUAAUUAGUGCCAAACAGAAAGCCUGGUAUGUGAUUGGCUUUCGGUAAAUAUUUUUUAACUUAAUGAAAAAUUGAUGUCUAAGGAGUCCUGGUGGCACAACUGCUAAGCACUUGGCUACAUGGGGUCGCUGUGAGCUGAAAUCAACUUGACGGCACACAACAACAAAUGUUGAUUUUGUUCAGGAACAUGCUUAUUUUUUUUUUUAAUUAUUGAUUGCAGUACUUUAAUCUUACAUUAUAUUUCAUAUUACUGAAUUAGUCACUAUUUAUACAUAUAUAAAUAUAUUUGAAAACAGAGGCUGUUGUAAAGGGAAAAUUAUACCUUCUGCAUUUUUAUCACAAUGUUCAUAUCGGUUAGUUCAGAAGCAGUAGUUCACUGUAUAUUCUGCUUUAUUCCCAAAAGGAUUUAAGGCAGUUUAUAGUACAUGAAAUAUGACAAGAUAGCUGAAAAUCAGGAUUUCUCCACCUCAACACUAUCAAUAUUUGGGGCCAGAUAAUUCAUUGUGCGGAAGACUGUCCUGUCCCCAGUGGAGGGGGGUGGGAGAAUGGAAAUAACCUCUGAUUGAGAACCACUGUUACAAAUUUAGAAGUGGGUCAAAAAACAAAUAGCUACUAGGACCAAACCUAAAAAUACAUACACUGAAGCUGGAUCACAAAUUUGACUGUUUUCUAUUAAAAAAAAAAAAAAAUCUGUUGCCGUCAACUUGAUUCCAACUCAUAGUGACCAUGUAGGACAGAGUAGAACUGCUCCGUAGGGUGUCUAAGGAGCGCCUGGUGGAUUUGAACUGCCAACCUUUUGAUUAGCAGUCAUAGCUCUUAACCACUUAGCCACUACACCACCAGGGUUUCCAGUAGUCAAUGCGAAAAAGUAAAACUUGAAAAGUUAUAAAAUUUCCAGUGCCCAUGAAAUAGAAACUUUUUUUUUUUUUCUUUAUAUGUGGAACUCUGGCACUAGAAUAGGGCUCAAGGAUUAAACCUGGACAAAUCACAGAAGAACUCUAUGGCUUCCUUUCUGUUCCUUGUGAACAUCACUCUCCACAGUGCCUUGCCCUGCCAAGAAUGGUCUUCUGCUAGAUACCCUCAAGGCUGAACCCCACCUCCUUCAGGUCUCACCCGCAGAGGAGGCCUUUCCUGACCUUUCCUUUUUUAAAAAGCCCUUUCCUGGCUUUAUUUUUCUCCAUAGCACUGAUUACUGUCUGACAUCUUACACAUUUUACCUCUUUUUUGUUCAUGUUCUUCCUACACUUGAUGCAAACAUUUUAUGAGGGUAGAGAUUUUAGUCUCUACCCUGAGUAUUCAGUACCUUGACUCUAAAUAUCUGUUGAAUGAGUAUUUGAAUAAAUCACUAUACCUCUUCACUAUUAAGUGGGAUAAGUAGCAUCUGUGAAACCUAAAUGUCAGUGGAAAAACCUGAAUUUCGAAUGCAGCCAGGCUAGAUCCAGAGUCCUCUAAAUACUGCUUUUGCACAAGGCACCAACCAGGUGUUCUUGAGGAGGCAAAGAUGAACCAGACCAGCCCCAGUCCUCACAAGAUGAGAGAUACAAGGGUACAGAUGCAACGCCAUGAUAGUUAAGAGAUUGCAUCCAGUUUGGGGGAGGAGCUUUCUUUGCACCAACCACCCUACCCAUCCAAAAGCCCCCAUCCCUGAGCACUAGGGUGAGACCCACGAUCCCUGUACCAUGGCCCAUUCUCUCCUUCCUUACUCUUAAACAGGUGCUAAUGUCUUCUGAUAGGUCUAUAGCUAUAUUUCUCCUGUGGUCCAGAUUUUAUCAAGGAUCUCUGAAAAUGAAGCAUCUUAAACCAGUGACUGAAACUUCAGGCCCAGAGAACCUUUUGAAACCGUCCUGAAUUGACUCAGAAGGUAGUUGCUACCAUGUCCACAGUAAGAUCAGAAAGCUGCUGUCGUUAGAAAAUCAAAGUAAUCCACCACAUAAAUAGAACAAAAGAAUCACAUGAUCAUCUCCAUCGAGGCAGAAAAGGCAUUUGAUAAAGUCCAACACCCACACCUGAUUUAAAAUGAAAAAAUUUCAAUGAAAUGAAUAGAAGGGAAAUUCCUCAACAUAAUAAAGGGCAUCU